AACGAGCUCCAAAAGCUUCUUUAAUCUUUAUAAAUCCACCCUCUUCCUCCAUCUACCGCUCAUCGAGUUUCCGGCCAUGGCUUCUCCGACUUCAAUUCUCUCUCUUCUGCUUCUUCUUCUUCUUCUUCUUCUUGUUACCGCCGCCGUCUCCGCCGCUGCAGCCAUCAGAAUAUAUCCGAGAGAGCACGUGGUCCGGGCAGAGGGCGACCCGAGAUGCGAAAGCUGGAAAUUCGCGGUGGAAGUGAACGCCGCGGGAUCGUGGAAGACUGUUCCGCGGCCGUGCAUUGAGUUCGUCCGGGAGUACUUCAACGGCCACCGCUAUCUGUCGGACUCGCGAGCCGUGGCGAAUUACUCGUUGACCUUUGCUAAUUCAGUCAAAGUCGGGAAGGACCAUGGGAGGGACGCUUGGGUUUUUGAUGUUGAUGAAACGCUGCUUUCCAAUUUGCCGUAUUAUAGAGCUAAUGGAUUCGGGUCUAAACCGUUCAAUGAUACUUCGUUCAACGAGUGGGUGAACACGGGUUCGGCUCCUCCAUUGCCAAUGAGUUUGAGACUGUACAAAAAGCUAAAAAGUCUUGGGUUCAAGAUUUUUCUGUUAACGGGUCGAGGUGAAUCUCAAAGAGUUGUCACGCAACAAAACCUUCUCCAAGCGGGUUAUUCUGGUUGGGAGAAGCUUAUCUUAAGGGGACCUUAUGAUGAAGGAAAGAAAGCUACUGUAUACAAAUCUGAGAAGAGAGCCGAAUUAGUGAAACAAGGUUACAUUAUCCAAGGAAACUCGGGAGAUCAGUGGAGUGAUUUGAUGGGGUUUGCUCUUGCGAAACGAUCGUUUAAGCUUCCAAAUUCAAUGUACUACAUUCCUUAGUUAUUGUCUUUAAUUUAUUAUCGAAGAUGUAUUAGUUUUCAAUU